AUGUUUCCGAGCAGUCGGGACGAAUUCACCAUUGCCAUAAUAUGUGCUCUGGUAGAGGAGGCCAAUGCCGUUGAAGCUAUAUUCGAUAAAACUUACGAUCGAUUCGGAGAGAUCUACGGCAAAACUGCGGGCGAUCGAAAUGCAUACUUGACUGGACGGAUCGGCAAACAUAAUGUCGUUGUGUGCUACAUGCCCGGUAUGGGCAAAGGUAGCGCUGCAAUGGUAUCGUCAGAUCUGCGAUUCAGCUACACCAGGAUUGAACUGGCUCUUGUUGUUGGGAUAUGUGGGGGAGUUCCCAAGAUACCGAAUGGUCAGAACAUCUUCCUCGGCGACAUAAUCAUUAGCGAUUCCGUGAUAGAGUACGACCUUGGUAAACAAUACCCGGACGGUUUUCGACGGAAAAGUGAUUUGAAGGAUACCCUGGGUAGACCAUCUCACGCGCUUAGAGCAAUGCUCGUUGGUCUUAGCGGUGAUCAAACUCGCAUAGAGUUCCAAAGUAAGAUGGCCAUGCACGCCCAAAAACUCCAACAAGUAGGAUCCAAGUGGCACCGUCCUACUUCCGACGACAUCCUAUUCGAGCCUUCUUACACACACAAACAUCACGAAACUUCGGGAGCGGAUAACUGCUUAUGCUUGUCUGACGGCAUCUCCGACACGAUCUGCGAAGGUGCCAUGAUGGCUGAUUGUAUUGCUCUUGGUUGCGAGGAAAGUAAAAUCUGUCGUCGUCGUCCGCGGACAGAUAUGGACAAAGUAGUCGUUCAUAUCGGACGCAUUGCGUCUGCAGACACAGUCAUGAAGUCGGGAACACACCGCGACAAGCUCGCUGUUGCAGAGGGAAUUAUUGCGCUUGAGAUGGAAGGUGCGGGGGUCUGGGAUAAUUUUCCCUGUAUCAUCAUCAAGGGCGUGUGUGAUUACGCAGACAGCCACAAGGACAGCAAAUGGCAGUUAUUUGCGGCUGCAAAUGGGGCCGCUGCUGCGAAAACAUUCCUAGAAUACGUGAACAUCGAUACCAGAAUAGUGAGCCCGGUGGUUAAUAUAGAUAAACAGACUCAGUGGACAGUCCCUUUUCGGAGAAACCCCAAGUUCGUGGGUCGUCGUGAUCAGCUUGAGCAGCUCAGAGCUCUGAUGUCCGACCCGAAUGGUCCAAGAGAACUGGCAAUCACUGGACUUGGUGGAGUCGGAAAGACUGCGGUUGCUAUCGAACUUGCUUACCAGCUACGGGAUGCAGACCCUGAUUGCUCAAUCUAUUGGAUUCCGUGCACAUCACAGACAAGCGUGGAGCAGGCAUACUCUGAUAUCGCGCGACGACUGAGAUUACCAAGUCAGACUGAUGUAAAGACCGCGGUCAAGGAGUAUCUAAGCCAAACGAUUUCCGGAAAAUGGAUACUCAUAUUCGAUAAUGCCGAUAGCGAACAUAUGUGGAUGAAGGAUGAUAAUGCGCUACAAGCUUUUGUGCCCGACAAAGAAUGCGGUCGUACUUUGUUUACGUCUCGCAAUGGUCAGCUUGCGAUUGACUUAGCGGAUUCCAAUAUCGUAGAAGUCGUGGAAUUCGAUCUCGAAAUUGCAACGGAAUUUCUGCAAAGGUCACUGUUGCAGCAGAACCUCCUUAAUGAUCACAACACCGUCUUGAGCUUGCUUUCUAAGUUGACUUUUCUUCCCCUAGCGAUCACACAGGCAGUCGCUUUUAUCAAUAAAAAUCAAAUUGGUCUAUCCACUUACAUCGAGAUCCUCGAAAAACAGGAAAUGGAGAUGAUUGACCUUCUGAGCGAAAAUUUCCAGGAUAAGUGGCGAUACAAGGACGUUCAGAAUCCUGUGGCGUCUACUUGGUGGAUCUCAUUUCAGCAAAUUCAGCAAUCAAAUCCUUUGGCCGGUGAAUACCUAUCAUUCAUGUCUUGCAUUGACCCUCGCGACAUCCCGCAGUACAUACUCCCUCCGGCUGCGUCCGAAAAUGAGAAGAUCAAAGCAAUCGGUCUUCUCAAAUCCUAUGCAUUCGUGACUGACUCCGAACUUGCUGAAGGCAAGCUACUGAAUCUUCACCGCCUUGUUUAUAUCGCAACCCGAAACUUUAUGAGGAAAUCACUCACGCUUGAAAACCAGAUACUCAGAACUUUUGCCCAGUUAGAGUCAACGAUACUGCUUACAGAGGCAGAGGAUUUAUUGACCACUUUGGCACAGUAUCGCGCCACCAUCGAAUCUUGGAUAUCAUCAUCCGCCGAAUCUGAAGAUGAUGAAAUGGUCGAAGAAUCCAGUUCUGCGAUUACAGAGACCCCGGAACCUGACAUUGUUGAUAUUUUGAAUUCGAAAGUCAAAUUAUACUGGGGCCAGAUCAUCCCAAUACCUUACUCUGCCAAAGGUGUCUCGCAACACAGUGCCACAAAUUACGGCAAAACAUGA